CUAAAGCCCCAAAGCUCCCACCUCGCGCCUCCUGUUCAUCUGCCCGCCCCCACCACCACUACCAAAGGACGUACCCUCCGGUAGUGUCGGGGCUCCCAGCCCAAGCGAGGGGGAGGACACCUCCCUAUCCCCUCCUCCCCAUCCCCGCCGCGGCUCGGGGUUUUACUGCAGCAGCCGGAGGUGACAGCGACGCCUUAGCCUCCUCCGUUGCUCUCAGAGCCCCGGCUUCCCCUGCAUCCGGAAAGCGCCCCCUCCUGAGAGGCUGGUCCCUGGAGAAGUGCUAACGAGCUGCAGAAAACCAAAUUUAAAAAUGUAGAAGUCGUUGGGCUGCAUUCCUCCGAGGACGAGCCUGAUCGCCCAGGACAGAGAGUGGCAGCGUGUGGGAAGUUGGGACCGUAGAGCAAGGGGGGAGGGGAGUGGUGCAGCCGGCAUUCUCUUCUGGAAGGAAUCGCUGGGAGCAGUGCGGUUGGACACAAGUUUGCGUGGGAGUAUUUUCCUUUUGUCAAUAAUUAAUCACCGGAAUCGGUCUGGCAGAAUUGGAGUUUUAGCAAUAGUGCAGAGGGCGGGGCCGAACACCUAACUCCAGGAGGCUCUGAGGCGCCCGACGCAGUGGGAAGCUCGCAGCAGCUGGGGAGGAGCCAAAGCUUGGGUGCUCACCUAAACCGCAGGGACAUACACCCAACCGGGAGAUGAAGAAAGAGCAACCCAGAGAAGCGAAGUAACCCACACAGGACCAUUCCGCAGGGGCGCAAGGACAAGAACCCAGAUCUGGACCCUCCCAAGCAGGACAGAUUUUCUGCAGCUUGAAGGAGCCAACCAUGGAUUUCAAGCGUGUGAAGGACUAUUUCUCCUGGCUCUACUAUCAAUACCAAAUCAUUAGCUGCUGUGCUGUCUUGGAGCCCUGGGAGCAAUCCAUGUUCAAUACCAUCUUACUAACUAUUUUUGCUAUGGUGGUAUACACCGCCUAUGUUUUUAUCCCAAUCCACAUUCGUCUGGCUUGGGAAUUUUUCUCCAAAAUGUGUGGCUAUCACAGUACAAUUUCUAAUUGAUUUUGUUUGCAUUCUGUGAAUCGGCAUUGCUGAGGUAUAUGUUGCUUACAACUUA